GAAACGAAAGAGGCUCCAGUUCAAAGCCACAUGCACCAACGUGACAUAUAAGCCAUUAAAAUAUCCUGACGGCUCAUUUCUGCUUCAUCAUACAUUCUCUAACUGCUUCCUGAAAGCUGGAAAAAGAGAAAUGAAGGAUGACUGCCUCGCUGGAACCAGAAAGAGAGGCUUGGAGGGGUUUGUGGUUCCCCUUCCGCACCCCAAAGUGAUGUGCAGAAAUGAGGAGACCCCAGCAACAGGUGAAGUGGGGCUCAAAGUCAGGAAAUGA